AUGACUAGAAAGAAAGUUAACCUUACUUAUAUUCUCAAUAAUGAUGCAAAAAGAAACACGUACAAGAAAAGAAAACUUAGUGUUGUGAAGCAACUAGAUGAAAUCACCGCUCUGUGCGAUGUUGAAGCGUGUACCGUCAUCUAUAGUGACUUUGAUCCCCAACCUGUUGUUUGGCCGUCUAUGAAUGAAGUACGAAGACUCAUUACAAAGUACCAGAGUUUUCCGAAGGCCGAUCAAGGAAAACGAAAGUUCAACCAAGAAACCUUCACGAGGCAGAUGCUCCAAAAGAUACAAGAGAAACUAAGAAGACAGGAAAGAGAGAACCGUCAUAGUGAGAUGACUCAUACCAUGUUUCAAUCAAUGAUGAAUCCACAACAUGCUAUGUCAGGUCUGAAUACCGAAGAAGAUUUCAAGGACCUGGCUAGAGUUAUCGGUCAGAACUUGAUGGAGGUUAACAGGAUGAUGGACUCCUCCUCUUUCAACCCUCCAACUCAUGGGGGAUUUGGCUCUUGCAUGGCGCCAACAUGA